AGCUCACUUGACUUCUCUGAGUCUCCGAUGACUUAACUCGUUGAAGCAUUUAUGGUCCAGAAUCUCCGCCAGUGUUAGAGACAGAGACUUCCAGGUACAGAGAGGGGGCAUGGAUCCGGACUCAGAUUCGUCUGAUGAUGAUAUGGUACGAAGAUUGCCAAUGUUCGUACGAAUAACUCCAAUUGCUGAGGAAGAAGACCAACGAGCUUAUGCUGGAGACUACGAGGAUCAUGCUUCGACUUCAGCUAGCAGGGAAGGCUCUAAUAUUGUGAUAAAUCUAACUGACCCAGGACUGCUUGAUUGCCCAAUUUGCUGUGAACCCUUGACCGUGCCUGUCUUCCAGUGUGAUCAAAAUGGGCAUAUAGCUUGCUCCUUGUGUUGCGGCAAAAUUAAGAAUAAAUGCCCCUUUUGUGCCUGCCCCAUUGGCUCUAAUCGUUGCCGGGCGAUCGAGAAAGUUGUGGAAUCAAGUACAACUCCAUGCCAAAAUAGCAAGUAUGGCUGCAAUAUUCCAGUUGCUUACAACAAGAAGAAUGAACAUGAGAAGACGUGUGAAUGUGCGCCUUGCUCAUGCCCUUAUAUAGGCUGCAAUUUUGCAUCUUCUGCCAAGUUGUUGUACCGACACUUCAGCAAUGUUCAUUUGGAUUCGGCAACAAGUUUCCAUUAUGAUAACUAUAAUGAUGGUUUGAGUUUCCCAAUUAUACUGAAGAAGAAUGACAACUUUCUUGUUGUUCGAGAAAAGGAUAGUGGUACCUUAUUCAUUCUCUACAAUCGUACUGAAGUUCUGGGAAAUGUUGUGACAGUCUGCUGUAUUCAACCUAGCUUCAUGAAUGAUUUCAUCUAUGUUCUUCUUGUUACUAACGAGGAAAGUUCUCUCAAAUUUCGGUCUGUGACAAGAAGUACUCCAAGCCUGCAGGUUGAUGGCCCUUCUCCAACAAGUUUUCUCUUAAUCCCAAGUGAGUUUUUCAACUCUAGUGGUCAGGCUAAGAUUGAUGUUUCCAUACGGUGCAAAUGGUGAAUGCCUGCUUCCGCACUAAGUUUUAUUCAAGGACGAUUUCCUUUUUGAGGUUGAUAAUGUGUAAUGAUAGAUAUACUGGAAUCUCUUCAGUAAACUUAUGGAUGUGCCUAUGUGUCUUGUUUAUAUGUCCUUGCAUGGUUUUCUUAUUUCGAUCAUCUUUGGCCUGUGAUCUUGUUUUCCCAGCCUUGAUUAUCUUUUUUUGAUCUUUCAAUUCAUACUCAAAACAUACAAAAACAGAGGUGUGAGUACCAUUGGCAUGCUACUAUUGGCAUUACGUACUAUUCCUGAUUC